UCUAGGAGGACCGUGUUCGGUGACAAGUUGUUCGAAACUAGUGGUCUUACAUACCUGGUGUUCUGUGCCUGAAGCAUGCGCCUGAGGUUCUCGUCAUGGAGCUUGUAAGAUCCAUUGUUUCCGAGAAAUGUCCAACGAAAAAACUCGCGCUUCUUCGAGCACUUCGGCCGGACGACGCCGAAAGUACACUUUGUGCGCUGUCCCAGUCGCUUUUGCAGAGUGGCAUCCCCAAAGAUUCCAGCGAUGAUGAAGAGAGAGAACAUGAUAAAAAUGACUUCCCUGGCGUUGCUGAAGCUGCCACCGAAGGCAUGAUUUGCGCCCGCCUACUGAUAAGUACUUUCGCGCCGGAGUUGACCAAACACUUCGUGACACCUUUGCAAGUUCUCUGUUUCGCACACUGCAAAUCUGAAUUGCCUUGGUGCAGCGAGGAGUCGGUCGCCGCAUCGUCGGCGUUGUCGUCGCAGCUCAACUCGUUUUCGGCGCCCGAGCAGCGCCUUUCCGUACUGAAAUACAUUUGGCCGAAACUGGCAAAGGAGACCUGGAAGAAGAAUCCUUGCUACAGGCACGUCUAUCGUGAAGUGCUCUUGGCUCUUACUCCGAAUGACAUGCGCCACGCGCUGCCCAUGGUUAUGGCACCAUCGCUGCUGCUUGUAGACGACUACAUGACGUACAACCAGAGACUCGGUCUUGCAUGCGUUCGCCGUAUCGUUGUCAGUGUCCCACCGAGUGAACUUGACCAGUAUGGCCGCCUCGAGGUGCUCUUUGACGCUCUCAAACACUUGCUGUACGUUAAAGAGCCGGACGUAAUUGUUGAGCUGCACACGUGCUUACGGAACCUGAUUUUCGCAGACCAUUUGGACGCUCUUCAAACCCAUGAUGACCAGAGGCGUCGAAAGAUGGCUGGUGAUGUGUACUGCGAGUUGCUAACUGCUGCUGAAGUGGAGCAAACAUUUGCCCUAAGGAGGGCUUACUCGAGCCAGUUUUCACCAUACGUUAAAUGCCUUGGAAUGGAUGUUGCCAAGUACUUGAACAGGACACUGAGAGUCCUGUUGGAAUAUGUGGAAGUGCACGACACGGAUGAACAGAUCUGCAGGAAAAAUGCUUUGGCCUCAUUAGCAGAACUGAUGAAACAGAUGUGGCCAAGGAUCCCAUUUCAUUUCAGGAGGAUUACAGAGAGCAUAUGCAAGCUUGCAUGCGACCAAUUCAGCAAAUCUGCACUUUGCGACGAGAUUGGAACAUGCCUCAACUUGCUGCGACAAUCUUGUCCUAAACAAUACCAUCGUUUCCACGAAGAUCUGCUCUUCCUUAGAGAACAAAACAUUCCUGGUAUUGCAUCAUUGCUUGAAUGCGCACAUACCAAAUAGAGAUUAAGCAUUGCAGUAGUUAUAUAUUGUUUGUUAACGUGUGGAGUCUCCACUUGUGUAUUUGGAAAAAAAAAAAUGUUGAUGGCAAAAUUUUUGUGUAGGCUAUGUUAUGGUAGCACGAAGUUUGUCAAGGUGCACAUUAUUUGACCACGCUCGCAGUGCAAGUAAGCUUGUGUAAAAUGAUGACAUUGAAAAAAUUGUCAAUGCUGACUCACUACAUAACAAAGAGUACAUAAAGUGAGAUCCCAAAA